GCACUGCUAGAGUCACCUAUUAACCUCAGGCUCUCCGACACCAGCGAGCCAGCAAUCCGAGAAGGCAAACAAACCUCGCCUCCUCGUCGAUUAUAUUUUCCCCCAAAGUCGGAUCUGCCAGCGGUAGCCAGGUCUACAUAAUCUCCACAUCACAUCGCCCUGCUGGACGACAUUAACCACGCGCAGCUGGAAACUGGAGGAAACUCGUGUUGAGAGUAUGGAUGCGCCCGACGAACAACUCCAACGGCGGAAGGCCCGCAGAUCAGUCACAUUCACCGACGAGCACCUGGAAGUCGACGCCCACGGCAACGUCACCAUGGUCACCUCACCCAACGACGACACCAAGGACACGGCGCUGUCGCACACGCCCCGUACGCCGCCGCUGUCAGCCGCCCUCGGGGCAUUUGCCGAUGCCUCUCAGGCACCUGCUGACGGCUCUGCAGAAGGCGCCGGCGAACCCGAUGGCCUCGACCUGUCGCUAAUGAAGAAGAAGAAGAAGAAGGCCAAGAAGGUCGAGGACGAGGAAGACGGCGCCGACGCUCCAGACGCUGCCGGUGACGACGCUACCGCUGCUGGAGAGGACGCUGGCCUGGACCUGACCUUGAAGAAAAAGAAGAAGAAGAAGACCACCAAGGAGGGUGAGGACGAGUUCGCCAAGAAGUUGGAGGCUCUCCAGCUCGGGGAGAAGGAGGAAGAGGGUCCCCAGGAGGGAGAGGAGCAGGACGGCGAUAUGGACAAGGGCACUGGUAUCUGGGAGCAUUCCGAGACCACGACCAUCAACUACGACCCACUGCUCCUGCGGUUCUUCCAGCUGCUGUCCGAGAAGAACCCCGACCAUGCCUUGGGCGGUUCGCGCAGCUACAAGAUCCCCCCGCCUCAAUGUCUCCGCGAAGGCAACAAGAAGACCGUUUUCGCCAACAUCAGCGAGAUUUGCAAGCGCAUGAAGCGGACGGACGAGCACGUCACUGCCUACCUGUUCGCGGAACUGGGCACAAGCGGCAGCGUCGACGGUAGCAGGCGGCUGAUUAUCAAGGGCCGGUUCCAGGCCAAGCAGAUUGAGAACGUGCUUCGCAAGUACAUCAUUGAAUACGUCACGUGCAAGACGUGCCGGUCUCCGGAUACGGAGCUAAACAAGGGAGAGAAUCGUCUGUACUUCAUUACAUGCAACUCGUGUGGCUCUCGUCGUUCCGUCACGGCUAUCAAGACUGGUUUCUCUGCCCAGGUCGGCAAGCGGAGGAAGAUGAGGGCUUAGACGGGAAAAGUUGUGUUCUAAAAUUGACUCCCUAUAAAAAGAAGUGAAUGACACGGCACAGGGUGUGGAGUUUCGGUCAUUGCAUUGAUGGAAACGGCUCUCGACCACAUAGCAAUCAUCAAGAUAUAUUAUCAUUGUUUCCUAGGGAAUGGCUCACUGGUUACCUACGCUGCCUCUUUGCUGCCUCUG